AUGACUGAGGCAAGGGACAGAAUCAGCGAUCUUCCUGAUGAAAUCUUACAUGAGAUUUUCUCCUUGGUGCCCGUCAAAUCUGUUGCAAAAAACAGUGCUUUAUCAAGAACAUGGAGCCGUCUUUGGGCUACCUUACCUGUUCUCGACUUCAACCAGGUUUGUCCUCCAAUGCCGAAAAGAUUAGAUCAUGCAAACGAACUGCAGGUAGUUCUUGAUGAGCAAAUGGAAGCUUUGGCAUUCAUUCCCAGAGUAUUGUUUAGCCGCCCCGAAAAUUCUAACAUCAAUGUUUUUCGAUUUUCGGGUCGGCUAAUGAGUUUGUCUUGCUUAGAAGAUUGCAUUUGUAGAGUGGUGAAUCAUAGGGUUGGAGAACUCCAACUCAAUCUCUUGAUGGCUUGCGGCGAAAGGUUUGAUUUGCCUCAUUGUGUGUAUGAGUGUGAUUCCUUGCGGAGCCUCACGUUAAUUAACGCCACUCGCAUACGGCUUCGAUCUCAGCCAGAAGAUUCAAAGCCUAGGUUUUGUUUUUCGUUUUCCCUUGUUAAGGCUACGAGUGGCCUUUGCUCCCUUCAAGCCUUGACUCUCAAGUGUGUGGAUAUCUUGGAUGAUCAUUUGACUACGGAUUUAUUUUCAGAUUCUUCGUUUCCAUUCCUUCAAAACUUGAUUAUGAAAACUUGUCAAGGAAUGACGCAUCUUAAAAUCAGUUGUUCGAAGCUCAAAGAUGUGCGAGUUGUUGAUAUGAACUUAAAUAGCUUGGACAUCUCUGGAAGUAGACUUGAGAAUCUGACGAACUUCCCUAGACUGAAUGCAUUUUAUAUGCAUUAUUGGUUAGAAGAUGAUGUUAGCAAUGUGAUUAUUAAAAACGUGGUCAAACUUCUCUCAGCAUCAUCCCAAAUUUCAGUCCUUGAUAUUCAAUCCUUCGGCCUUCUUCUGUUAAUCAAAGGAGUAAUGAUCGGGAAGUAUUUUUGUGUGUUUUCUACUGCUUAUAUUCCCAGUAUUUAG